GCUCCCAACAAUAUGCACUGGUAUCUAACUAUGUUCGGAGCAGCACGUGCCGGUUUGGUGUCGGUUGGCAUAAAUCCCGCUUUUCAAGGGCCCGAAGUUGAAUACUGCCUGAAAAAGGUCAAAGUGAAAGCAUUAAUCAUGCCGGAGACAUUUAAAUCGCAGAACUAUUAUGAAAUUAUUAAAAGUAUUUGUCCGGAGUUGACAGACAGUGUUAAUGGCUGCAUAAAGAGCGCCAACUUGCCUCAUCUAAAGUAUGUCAUCGUUGACACCCCGAGUAUACUGAAAGGAGCACUUACUUUUAACGAUUUGCUCGGUUUGAGCGACCCAGCUGAACGUGAGGCUAUCAGGCGAUUGCAAAAUCAUAUUAUGCCAGACAGUGGUUGCAAUAUACAGUUCACCUCUGGCACCACGGGAAAACCGAAGGCCGCUGUUCUAACACAUUAUAAUUUCGUUAAUAACGGUAUACAUAUCGGCAAUCGUAAUCAACUCGACAGUAAUUCUCGCAUCUGCGUGCAAGUUCCGCUUUUUCAUGUCUAUGGCGUGGUAAUAACGGUAAUGGCUGCGAUGACACAUGGGAGCACCUUGGUACUGCCGGCAGCCGGGUUUAGUCCAUCCGAUUCGUUACAUGCCAUUGUCAAUGAGAAAUGCACCGUUAUACAUGGGACACCCACCAUGUACGUUGAUCUAAUCAAGAAACAGAGAGAACUGAAACUCCCGUUAGACACUGCGAAAAUGGCCGUCACUGGAGGUGCGCCGUGUUCGCCUCAACUUUUCUUAGAUAUUAAAAAUGUUUUGGGCCUAGAUCAUGUGCGCACUGUUUAUGGUUUAACGGAAACCACAGCGGUAAUAUUUCAAUCCAGAGCGGGUGAUAAAAUUGAAAACAUUUUGAACACCGUAGGACAUUUGUUAGAACACAUUGAAGUCAAAGUGGUCGAUGCCGAAGGCCAUAUAGUGCAGUUCGGCGAACCAGGAGAGCUUUAUGUGCGCGGCUAUGCCACAAUGUUGGAAUACUAUGACGAUGCGGAGAAAACCAAAGAAACCAUUGGUAAUGAUAAAUGGCUGAAAACCGGCGAUCAAUUCAUUUUGCAAGCAGACGGCUAUGGACGUAUUGUUGGACGUUUGAAGGAGAUGAUCAUACGUGGAGGAGAGAAUCUUUUUCCCAAAGAAGUUGAAGACUUUCUCAACUCACAUCCAAAAAUCAUUGAAGCGCAUGUCAUCGGAGUCCCAGAUGAACGGUUGGGUGAAGAGUGUUGCGCCUUUGUGCGGUUGCAAGAUGGCGAAGAGACCAUUACACAUGAAGAAGUGAAGGAAUUCGCCAAGGGGAAGUUGGCACACUUUAAAGUUCCUCGUUACAUAAUACCGGUAAAUCAAUUUCCUAGAACUGCCUCAGGCAAAAUACAAAAGUUCAAGCUCGCCGAGACUUUCAACAAAAUGCAGAAAUAAAAACACUAGUGUCUAUUUAGAAAGUUAAAAGAGGCUUGUACUAAUACCUUACUAAAUGCACCUAAAAACCAAGGAAAGUAUUUAUUGAAAUUGUAAAGUCACACAUAAUUGUAAAAUAAAUUACUUAAUUAUUAACAAUAA